AUGUCAGAAUUAGAUCAACUUGAUGUUAAACUUGUGGAUCAAGAUGAAUUAGAAACAUCAAUCACAAAGAAAGCUAACAAAGUUUUACUACUGAAAGAUGUUGAGCUUGAUGAGAAACGGUUGGAGAAAGCCACAAAGUUGCUUGAAAGAACCAAAAGGCAAAUUACAGCAUUAUCAAAUCAAUUAUCAAAUCCAAGGACUAAAAUUAGUGAAAGAAAAAGACUCAAAGAUGAGAUAUCUUAUAUAGAAGAAAACGACUUGGCUCCUCAACUCCGAGAUGUGGAUGAAAUUAAAAAGAGAUUACAGGAGAAUACCAAACAGAUAAAUGAUAAGACCCCUCUGCAAAAAAAUAGUAGUGAUAGGUUACCGGAUGAAUCAGAAAGAGAUUAUUUGAUUAGGACAGGUAAGAUCACAGCAUUUGGGAAUGAAAACGCGUUCCAACUGGGUGAAGAUCAUGAAUUAGAACAAACGAGUCACGUCUUUUUACGUGAACCAGGAAUUGAUCAAGAUAUUGAAUCUGAACCUGAAGAAGUUGGUAAUGAUGACGAUGAAGAUUAUGUUUAUGAGGAAGAUAAAAAACAUGAUGAUGAGGAAUAUGUGAAUGACCAAGAUGAAGUUGAUGUGGAUACGGACGAAGAUGACUCACGAAACAUUGAUGAUGGUGAUGAAAGUCUAUAUCAGAAAAGACUACAAACAUGGGUACGCAAGAGGUCGUCGUUAAGACCACAUUCAGAUGACCUGGAAAAUAAAGAUACUCCAGAAUGGUUUCUACCGCAUCCUACUAUUGCUGAUGCUAAAUUAAAUGAGAACUUCAGGCUACCUGGUGAUAUUUAUCCAUCCUUGUUUGAUUAUCAAAAAACGUGUGUUCAAUGGCUAUGGGAAUUAUAUUCUCAAAAGACUGGUGGUAUUCUAGGUGAUGAGAUGGGUUUGGGUAAAACUAUUCAAAUCAUUUCGUUUUUAGCAGGACUACAUUAUUCGGGACUACUUGAUAAACCUGUUUUAAUUGUGGUUCCAGCUACUGUUUUAAACCAAUGGGUUAAUGAGUUUCACCGGUGGUGGCCGCCAUUGAGAUGUGUUAUUUUGCACAGUAUUGGUUCUGGUAUGAAUGGAAAAAACAUAAAUGAAGCAAAACUUGAAGAAUUCUUGGAAAAUGCAGACCCUAAUUCGUCUAAAAGCUCCUUGCUGGGAGUGAAAAGUCAGAUAAAUGCUAAAGAAAUCAUUGAUAGAGUAAUGGAAAAGGGGCAUGUGUUGGUGACAACUUAUGUUGGACUAAGGAUUUAUUCUAAAUAUUUACUUCCUCGUGAAUGGGGGUAUGUGGUUCUUGAUGAAGGUCAUAAAAUCAGAAACCCAGAUCUGGAUAUUUCCUUGACCUGCAAAAUGAUUAAGACAGUCAAUAGAAUUAUCUUAUCAGGUACUCCAAUUCAGAAUAACCUUAUUGAAUUGUGGUCGUUGUUUGAUUUUGUGUUUCCUGGAAGGUUGGGAACAUUGCCUGUUUUCCAGCAGCAAUUUUCAAUCCCAAUUAAUAUUGGUGGUUAUGCUAACUCGAAUAAUCUUCAGGUUAAAACAGCAUAUAAGUGUGCUGUUGUUUUGAGAGAUUUGAUAUCUCCCUAUAUGUUGCGUAGGCUCAAAAGUGAUGUUGCGAAAGAUUUGCCAAAGAAGAACGAAAUGGUUUUAUUUGUCAAAUUAACAAAACCCCAACAGGAGUUGUAUGAAAAAUUUCUUCAAAGCGAAGAUUUGGAUUCUAUAUUGAAAGGAAAGAGAAAUAUGUUAAUGGGGAUAGAUAUUUUGCGAAAGAUUUGUAAUCAUCCAGAUUUGGUUUAUCGGGAUGCCAUGAUGAAGAAAAAGAGCUAUGGAGAUCCAUCAAGAUCAGGCAAAAUGCAAGUAUUGAAGAAUUUGUUGCAAAUAUGGCAGAGUGAAGAUCACAAAACGUUAUUGUUUUGUCAGACUAGACAGAUGUUGGAUAUUUUGGAAAAAUUUGUGGCCAACUUGCCAUUGUUGAAUGGUGGCGAGUUUAAUUAUUUGAGAAUGGAUGGGAGUACCCCUAUUUCUAGAAGGCAGAUGUUAGUAGACAAGUUCAAUCGUGAUCCCAAUAUGCAUGUCUUCUUGUUAACCACAAAAGUUGGUGGUUUGGGCGUUAAUUUGACUGGUGCCGAUAGAGUUAUUAUCUAUGACCCAGAUUGGAAUCCUUCAACAGAUAUUCAAGCAAGAGAGAGAGCAUGGAGAUUAGGGCAAAAGAAGGAUAUCACUAUCUACAGGUUGAUGACAACAGGUUCAAUUGAAGAAAAGAUUUAUCACCGUCAAAUUUUCAAAACUUUUUUGACCAAUAAGAUUUUGAAAGACCCGAAGCAAAGAAGGUUCUUUAAAGCUAAUGAUUUACAUGAUUUGUUCACUUUGGGAGACCAAGAUGAAGAAGGUACCGAAACUGAGGCAAUGUUCAAUGAAAAAAAUAACAACAAUGGAAGUUCAUUAUUCACCAAAAAGUACAAGAAUGAUGAUGAUUUUUAUCAAGUUGCAAAGAUUGCUGGUGUUUCCAAAUUAGAUAAAUUUGAAGAUGGUGAAGAUGAAGAUGGAAAUGAUAAACAACUGGAAAAUAAAGACGAUAGCCGAGUGAUGUCAAGUAUAUUUUCAACUGGAGGUGUUCAUAGUACUUUGGCUCACGAUGAUAUUGUCAAUUCUCAAAGCAAAGAAGACCCAACAAAUAUGCUUGAAAACGAAGCUAGUAAGAUUGCUAAUGCUGCUGCAGAAGCAUUGAAGGAGUCAAGAAAACAGGCUAGAAAAAAUAAAAUCGGAGUCCCGACUUGGACGGGAAAAUUCGGAUCGGUUCCGAAAAAACGAAAAAUUAACUCGUCAAGUAGUAUUCUUGCAAAUUUGAAAAAGAAAAAUGAGAUAAAGGAUUCGAAACAGAAAGUUGCUGAUGUUCCAUUAGAUAGGAAGCAAAUGAUUGAAAAGUUGGUUACUUAUCUAAAUACUGUGGAAGAUAAUUUCAGCACAUCAAAUGAAAUUGUAAAGAAAGUAGAUUUAUCUAUGAAAUCAGAGGAAGAUAUGGUGUUGAUCAGAUCAAUGUUACGCGAGGUUGCGGUAUGGGACUCGGCCCGAAAAGGUUGGAAGUUGAAAGAUGAGUUUGUAGAUUAA